AUGAUGGCAAUGUGUUCAAAGAAGGCCUAUCUUAAAAGAAGGUCAAAUGAUAACAAAUGUAAAUUUUUAAUAUUAUUUUUUAGAUGAUGUCGAUACAAAUAUAUUCUAAGUUAAGUUCGAUUGUUUGAAAGACAACAUAGUCAAAAUACAUUAAGGUGAUCCUGUAAUGUGUUAACAAUGUGAAACUGUUCUAAAUAAACAUUCAAAAAUAUAAGAUGAUGUUUAAAAUCAAUAAUUUGGAAAACAACUUUGGAUAUGUGAAUUCUGUGAUCAUAAGAAUUACAUAUAAAUAGAAAAGGAAGAAAUACCUGUUAAUGAAGAUACCAUUUAUUUAAUUUAAUCAGCUUAAGAAUAAUAAAUGUAAAUAGAGGAUGGUGAAAACUCAAUUGUAUUUUGUAUUGACAAUAGUGGUUCUAUGUCUAGUACUGUUGAAAUUAAAGGAAAGAUUAAUUUUAAACAUGGAAUAUCUCCUGAAGAAUAUGAAAUGCUUAAAUAAUUCAUUGAACCUGGAGAUGAACAUUAAAUAUGGCCACAAUUUAAUACUAAACAUGUCACUCAUGUUUCAAGAAAAUAAUGUGUUAUGGCAGCUAUUGAAUAAUAAAUAGGAGAACUUAAAAAAAAGAAUCCAAAUAAAAUAGUUGGAUUAGUUACAUUUAAUAAUGAAGUAGUUGUUUAUGGUGAUGGUUCUGAAGUCCCUAUUACAAUUGCUGGAGAUAGACUCUUUAAAUAAGAUGAAAUUGAAAAUCUAUUAAAUGGAACUGCUAAAUAAUUAAUGAAAUAUCCAGUUAAAGUUCAAGCUGAUACUCUCUUGAAAAAAUUUGAGAAACUUUAAGAAAAAGGAUAAACUGCUUUAGGUCCUGCAUUGAUUUCAGCUUUGCAAUUAGCUAAAAUUGGAAAACCUGGAUCUAUGAUUAUCAUAUGUACAGAUGGAUUAGCCAAUUUGGGAUUGGGAUCUUUAGAUAAUGAUGCAAAUAAAUAAUUUUAUGAGGAUUUGGGAUCAUUUGCUUCAUAAUGUGGAGUAGUGAUUUCAGUUGUUACUAUUAAAGGAGAAGGAUGUAAAGUUGAUAUUCUAGGAGCUUUGUCAGAAAAAACUAAUGGAACUGUAACUAGAGUCAAACCUGAAGAUAUUGAAAAAGAUUUUGCAAAUAUAUUAAAGGAUGAAUUAGUAGGAACUUAAGUUUAAUUAUUUGUGAAUUUACAUCGUGCUUUAAAAUUUAGAGGAGAAGAUGAUCCAAAUUUGAGUAAUAAACUUAAAAGAGACAUUGGUAAUGCAACUAUUGCUACUACAUAAACAUUUGAAUAUUAAUUAAAAAAUGAUUAGGAAUUACAAAAAGAAUAGAUUGACAUAAAGGAUUUAAAGACUGUUCCAUUUUAAAUUAAAGUUAAUUAUACAAAUUUACAUGGAGAUAGACUUAUGAGAGUAGUCACUUAAUUGGUUUUGGCAACAGAAAAUGUUAAGGAAGCUGAAGAAGAAGCUGAAGUAGAAGUUAUUCAUAAAAGAAUGGCAUAAAAGACUGCUUAGAUAGCAAAGAAAGGAAAUUAUUCAGAGGCAUAAUCAUAUAAUGAUUAAUGGGAUGGAUAUGUUUAAAAAAAUGCUGUUAUAAAUAAUAAUGUAGUUAAUUAAUAGAAAAAUAUUAAUUUCUAAACACAUAAUUUAAAAUUAUAAACAGCUGUAUAAAAAUAGGAAAUAAGAAAAGAAAAAUUAUCAUAACCUUUACCAUAAUAAUAAUAAUAACAAUAAUAACCUAGUUUUCUAGAUAAAGUAGCAUAAUUUAUAAAAGGAGAUGAAAAAAAAUAAUAACCACCCAUAAAUCAAGUUCCAUAAUAAAAUUCAGUACCACCUGGACCUCGAUAAGUGGCAUUUUAAAAGAAUCAAAUAUAACCACCACCACCCCCACCACCACUAAAAGCUUAAACCAAUUAAAUGAAAAAGAAAAAAGAAUAAAAUUUUGAAUAAGAAAGAAAAUUAAGUUGUUCAGAUGAAGAUGAAGAGAUGGCAGAUCUAUUUUAAUUUGAAUAAGGAAAAUAUUGA